AUGUCUUGGUCACUACAACGUUUGAUGAAUUCAAUGGCGAAUUUGCUUAAAGUCUGCGUUACUUUGCUCUAUGUUAUUGCCCUGAGCUCUGCUGAUCUUGGAGUCGUGUAUGUGAGACCAUCUGGCUCUGGAGAAGAAUGGCAGGGUCACUACUGUAUCAACUACAACCCACAAUUCCAGAAGUUACCUCACUAUAUGCAUCAAGCGACCCCACACAGCCUAGUUGAUCUCAGUACUGACUUGGGCUGUUUAGACAGUCAGGCAUACAACAACAUUGAUGUUGAUGACCGCGUGGUCGCCGUUGGUCGAGGCAACUGUAAAUUUGCUGAAAAAGCUGUUAUGGCUCAACAACACAAGUCUUUGGCCGUUUGGAUUGUAACAAAAGAUGUGCUUGUUCCUAUUGCCAAUAAGACAGAAUACAGCAUGAUCAAUAUCACAGUAGCAGGUAUACAGACGAAGGACUUCACACAAAUACAGAGUAUAGGGUCAAAGGUUGAGGUUUUGAUGUUUUCGCCUGGACUAAGGGACGAGUUUGACCCCUGUCUCAUUGUCCUGUUUGUGAUAGCCGUUGGAUGUGUCACAGUUGGUGGAUAUUGGUCUGGCCUAAGGCGACAUGAAAGAUCGGAAAAAUCACAAAAAUCAAAGAAAAGAAAGAGAAAAUCCAAAAAAGGCAGGAAAGAUGAUGACGAUGAUGAUGAGGACACUGAAGAGGAAAAUGACACGGUUGACUUAACGCUGCCUUCGAUCAUCUUCUUUGUCAUCAUGUCUUCAACAUUCCUGGUGCUUCUUUUCUUCUUCUAUGAUUAUCUAGUGUAUGUUGUGAUUGUACUCUUCUGUCUGGCGGGAACAGCUGGACUCUAUGGUUGUGUACAACCACUUUGGAGCUACAUUCCAUUCAAUACCAGACUUCCAGCAAAUAAAGUUCCUUGUUUUUCUGAUCGUCCUCAAGUAAAGAAUCUUGUGUUGGUUCUAUUAUGUGCUGGAGUGACAACCUUUUGGGGUAUACAGAGACACGAGAGUUACGCAUGGGUGAUACAGGAUUUCCUUGGUGUGGCAUUUUGUAUCAAUAUUUUACGAAUUAUCCAGAUGCCUAAUCUCAAGAUCUGUGGCGCCCUCCUGCUGGCUUUGUUUGUGUAUGAUAUAUUCUUUGUCUUCGUCACACCACUAAUCACUUCGUCUGGGAAAAGUAUCAUGGUGGAUGUAGCAACUGGUGGCUCCAGUACAACAGGAGAACAGUUGGAACAAAUGAAGACUAUAGGUCUCCUGAUAGGUUUUAAUCAUGGAAUAGAUCUGAAAGUUCAAAGUAGAAAAGUCUACUUUACUGCAUCUGUGAUAGGGUAUGGUGUGGGGCUGUUGUUCACAUUUGCAGCUUUAUACUUUAUGGAGACUGGCCAACCAGCACUCCUGUACCUUGUGCCUUGUACACUUGUAACAACAAUGGUGAUUGGUUGUUGUCGGGGAGAAUUCAAACUCUUGUGGAACGGUGAUAAAAAGUGCCCAAAAAAGGAUGACGAUCUGCGGGAUGAAACUACUGAUAGGGUGAUUCCUCCCACUGAACCUCAAUCUGCCAAUGUUGAUGCUGACAGUGUCAGAAUCAGUAUCUCCAGUUCAUCCAGUACAGAUGAACUGCUGCGAUGACUAGGGUGGUCCCAGCAGAGGGAGAGAUCUGCUGUGAGAAGACAAGGAGAGGCCCCAAUAUCUGGGGUUGGAAGAAGAUCUACAAGUAUGGAGACUUGGGCACUCCUUGGGGACAAGUACAAUGACGAAAUAUUAGAUGUAUGAUGUGUGUUAUGAGAUCAAUCUGUGAUUGUUCAAUGUUCAAACAUGGUCAGAAUUAUACACUGUUCCAGCAACAUAUCUACUUCACACUGAACUCCCAAAGAAAUGACAUUUCUUAUUACCUGUAAGUAAUUUUAUGAGUGAACCCAUAAACAUAUAGAUAGAUGUUUUACUGGAAUAGCACUAAACAAAACCUGGAGUCCUGGGGGGAUAGAUGGAGUCCUUGGGGAUAGACGUUUAACUGGAAUAGCCCUAAACAAAACCUGUAGUCCUGGGGUGGGAUAGAUGUUUUACUGGAAUAGCCCUAAACAAAACCUGGAGUCCUGGGGGUGAAAUAGAUGUUUUACUCGAAUAGCCCUAAACAAAACCUGGAGUCCUGGGGUGAGAUAGAUGUUUUACUGGAAUAGCCCUAAACAAAACCUGGAGUCCUGGGGGGAUAGAUGUUUUACUGGAAUAGCCCUAAACAAAACCUGGAGUCCUGGGGUGGGAUAGAUGUUUUACUGGAAUAGCCCUAAACAAAACCUGGAGUCCUGGGGUGAGGUAGAUGUUUUACUGGAAUAGCCCUUAACAAAACCUGGAGUCCUGGGGGAUAGAUGUUUUACUGGAAUAGCCCUAAACAAAACCUGGAGUCUUGGGGGAUAGAUGUUUUACUGGAAUAGCCCUAAACAAAACGUGUAGUCCUGGGGGAUAGAUGUUUUACUGGAAUAGCCCUAAACAAAACGUGUAGUCCUGGGGUUGGGGUGUUUUACCUAAAUAGCCAUUAUGUGGAUUAUAUCAAAGUCUGCAUCUGAGAAACAAGAGAUAAUUGGUUUUGAUCUUGAUUGUGUUUUACCUAGUACAUGCAACAUUUUGUUAUACUAUCAAGUUUGUCAUAUGGAAAUAUAAAAUAUGAUUAGAUUAUUGUAAGUAAUUGGGUUGUUGAAAGCAAAGCACAGGUUAUUCACUUUGAAGAUUGACAGAGAAUAACACUUUUGUAUGAAACGUUCAAAAUAGAACAGACAAUAAUGUUGAUGAGUGUAAAGAGCUGUGUAAGUAACUUCUGUGGAGGAAACUCACUUGUCUACAUUUGAUUGUACAUUCCUUGUGGUGACACUCAAAAUGAAGAUGAGAUCUCUUUGCUUGCUCUAUCACCUUGUUUACAGCUCUAAGAUAAAAGAUGUUUGGUGAUGCUACACACCUGUAGCCCACUCUUCUGUAUUAUAGCUGGAAUAAUGCAAGUGUAUGGCAAUCAAGCACUUUAACAAUAAACCGGGAAAUUAGAGCAUUAUUAUAAUUGAAAUUUGCCUGUCAACUCUUACCAAGAAAUUAUGGAUGAAAACUUAAGAACUAACAUGAGGAAAAGAAGAAGAUCUAAACAUGUAAAUUGUCUAUUUUUAGCCUACCAUCAUCAGAUGGUGAGCUAUUCAAAUCGCUCUGCCUUCGUGGUCUGUGCGUCUGUAUAGUUAUUGUUGUCAUUAUUUCUUGAAAAAUACUGGAUGGAUCUUUCUCAAAUUGCGUAUGUAGGUUCCCCUUGGUCCCUAGUUGUGCCAGUUGUAUUUUUGGACUGAUCAAAUAAACCUGUCGGCCAUCUUGGAUUUUUAUUCUUUUAAAGAAGUUUGUUAUCAGUUUUUUUAUAGAAGUACUUGGUGGAUCUUUCUUAAAUUUCAUAGAUAGGUUUCCCUUGGUCCCGUCCCUAGUUGUGCCUGGUUGAGUUUGGGACUGAUCUGAAAAUAAUUUCCACAUAGGAAUGUUCAAAUGUCUGAUCAUUAAGAGUAAAAACAGAGAAGAGAAAAGAAGGGAAAAAAUCCAACUUUCAAAGAGCAAAUAAAGAUCAAACAAUGGUGGGUGCCAAGAUCCCUCUGGGAACUCUUGUAUCUGUGAUAAAGGGAGUAAAAGGGAAAGAGUUUUGCAAAAUGAUUAUGUCUGUAUAUAUCUUACUCGAAUCUGUGAUCUAAAAAACCUUUUUGAGGCAACUAAAUUGUGAGUUGAAAUAAUGUAAUAAAUUCUCAAAAUCUACUGUGUUUGAUAAACUAUUUUAAUUUUAUGCGUCUUUUCUAUUUUAGGGGAGGCAUAUAGUCAUAGCUUGUCUGUUUCAUCAUGUCCUAUUCCAAAUCCGUUUCAUAUCUAGAAAAACACUGGAAAGAUUUUGCCUAUAUUGAUUUCCAAAUAAGAUCUACUCCUGGUCAUUUAUCUUUAGCGGCCGCGUGUCACUUACUGAACAAUUCGUGACUCUACAUUUUCUAUUCUGUAUUCAUUUCAACAGAUGUUUGGUUUUCUAUGAGAUUUGCUAUGACUAGGAAAGGAUGUAAAUACUGUGAUGUAUUGCACAAACAUUUGAAAAGAUAGGUCAUCAUUCAAUACCUUGCCUUAUGCUUUUUUACUCAUAUAAAGUCACUGUAACAGGUUGACAAUUCUAAAUUGUGUGUUCUCUGCUGGCCCUGAUUUACUGGUACAGUCAGUAUAUCCUAAGUAUAAUGACCAGCAGGUUGUUUCUGGAAAAAUAACGAUCAAAGUAAGACUUACACAUUAAAGUGAAAAUUUCACAAAAAAUCCAUCACAGACUCUUUCUGUUAAUUAGUUGGUGUUAGAUGAAUAUGUUACAUCGGUAUUUUGUGAAUAUUCUUUUUGAAAACCAAUUUUCAGUUAGAAUUGACACUAUAGCCUUUGAAUACAGUAAGUUGGGCAUCUUAUUAGUUUGUACAAUAACACAGCCUGAUAGCUGUACUUGGAGCAUGAAUUGUCAAAACAGAAAACACCAUACACUCAUAUGUCAGAGUUGAGAGCGAUAGUUUUCUUAUGAUUUAUAUUUCAAUGCAUUUUUGUUUUGGUGUUUACUGUUAAUUGGAAGUUAUUGGGAUACAAAUCUUCAUUUUACAGGGAAAUAAUUAUAUGGGUGUAUGGUAGACAUCAUUAUUACUAUUGAUUCUUGAACAAUUUAAUAAAAAACAGUUUUCACACAAAUGUGUGUUAAAAAAGUCACAUGAUCACAGAAUCAUAUAUGCUUUUUCAAUUUCAUAUGAAACUUUGAAGAUUUUUUCCCAUUUUAUCAAUCUUGGAUGAAAUUGAAACUCAUAGAUGUACCUGUAUUUCUACUUUUCUAUACAGUACUGUGUGGAUGUCUCCUGUUGCAGUAUCACACUAGUAUCAUAUUUAUUUAAUUAUGUUGUCAUGCUUGUAUUUUUGUGUAAAAUCUGAUUAAUGUAUAUUUUAUAUGUUGUGUCCUGUUAAUUCAGCGCUUGGAUUCAAUAAACUUGGGUCAGAGAAAUCUGUA